GGUGUCCCCAUGGCGUGUCCCCUGGAGCAGGCGAUGGCCCUGAUGGUCACCACCUUCCACAAGUACUCGGCCAAGGAGGGCGACAAGUACAAGCUCAGCAAGGCCGAGCUCAAGGAGCUGCUCAACAAGGAGCUGCCGGUCUUUGGGAGCAAACAAAUGGACGAGGCCGAGUUCAAGCGGCUGAUGAACGACCUGGACCACAACAAGGACAGCGAGGUGGAUUUCAAGGAGUACGUUUGCUUCCUGGCCUGCAUCACCAUGGGCUUCAACGAGUUCUUCAAGGACGACCCCAGCAAGCACCGCAGGAAGUGA